AUGCGACUCCCAUCCCCCCCAGCCCCACCAGGCUACACCCUCAAAUUCACCUUCCACCGCGGCAUCGACCUUCCCGUCGCCGACUUCGGCAGCUUCUCCUCAGACCCCUACGUCGCAGCGCAACUCUCCGUCGACCUCCCACGCCGCCACAAGCAAGACCCACCAAUCCGCUUCCGCACCCCUACAAUACGCAAAGAUAUGAAUCCUGUCUGGGAAUGUGAGUGGAUAGUCGCCAACGUGCCCGCCUCAGGUUUCCAACUCAAAGCGCUCGUCAUGGACGAAGAUCCCGCAGACCACGACGAUAAAUUGGGGAUCGCGUUCAUUGACGUGCCUCACAUUGAUGACGCCUGGCCUGGCUUUAAGGAGCAGUCCUUUAAGAUUAAGAAACGCUUUGGCAGUAAGCGCGUUUAUGUCUUUACAAAUGUUUCUGCCUUUGCGACGGGUCACCAUAAGGAGUCGUUUCUCAUUGCUAGUAUUGGUGUCUCGGGAGGACGCCUGCACUUUUCGCCGCUUAUUGGGCGUUUGGCUGGGACGAAGGAUCGUGUUGAGACGACCGAUGGGAGUGGGAAGGCUAUUAGUCGAUACAAGUAUGUUUGUCCAGCGCAGCGCGCAUCGCAUCGCAUCGCAUCGCCGCAGCCGACCUAUGCUAAUAUUUAUACUUCCUUUUCCUCCAGUUUCCAAGCCAUCCAAAUGCAACUGUCCGGACCAGUCCCGUCAGCCCUUUAUCACCGCUACGUCGAAUUCAGACCCUUCAUCGCAGGAAUGUUCCAAGCACAGAGUCUACGAGGAAGAAUCCUGCACAAAGCACUCCACCACCAACACCAGCGUAUCUAUAAUUUCGACCGCUCAACCCUGCACGGCGUCUUCGACGCACCCUGCGCGGAAUUCACGAAGAAGUUCCUCGAGUUCGUGAGUUAUGGGCAGGGCGGGCGCAUAUUCACGUACGUUAUUACGUUGGAUGGACAGUUGCGCUUUACGGAGACGGGCAAGGAGUUUGGCGUUGAUAUGUUGAGUAAACAUACGAUGCAUAGUGAUGUGUCGAUUUACAUUGCGUACUCCGGGGAAUUUUUUAUUCGGAGGCGUGUGCGGCGGCAUAGGUCGAGGUCGGCGUCGCGGUCGCGGUCGCCGCGUAUUGAGGGGGGUAUCGCUGUUGAUGAGGAGGAGGAGGAGCAGGAUGCCAGUGAUUCUCUUGAACAGCAUGACCAUGACCAUGAGAAUGUUUCCGUUGCGCAGGAUGUGUCGACUGAUCCGGACGAUUAUGAGCUAUUUAUCGAUAAUGAUAGCGGGACGUAUAGGCCUAACUCGGAACUUCUGCCGCAGCUGAAGAAGUGGCUGCAGAGGAAUUUCCCGGGGCUUCAUGUUUCGACGCUGGGCAGUCAGGAGGAUGCGGAGGUUAUGGGGCGGAUGAAGGAUGAGCAGCGGAGUUUUAAGAAGGAGCAUGGGUAUUUGAUUACGUAUUUGCAGCAGAGUUCUGCUUCUUCGUUGUCGAUUUCGAGCUCGGAUGAGGAUGAGCUUAAUGAGAGGAAUGCUGAGGCGAGCUCGAAUCCGAAUUCUAGGAGGGGGAUGUCGAGGAAGGUUCAUGAGAUGCGGGAUGUUAAGGGGCAGAUGAUGAGGUGGGUUGAGGCGGAUGGUCCUGAUAAGUCGAAGGGGAAGUAUGCUCGUGAGCGUGCGUUUUCGACGGGGAAUGCUUAG